GUCAGUUGUUAGUAAUUGAAUCGAUAUUGUAAAUAGCGUCCAACAUGUGCGGUUGAAACUGAUGACUGAUAUGUUUGGUUUGUAACCGGUGUGAAGUACAACUUCUGUGUUAGUAAAAUGUAUUGAACUUCUCAGCUAUUCGUGGCUGGCUAUAAAUAUGUUAUUCUAUUCAUUCUUUAAAUCCCUUGUGGGGAAAGACGUCGUUGUGGAACUAAAAAACGAUCUCAGCAUUUGUGGUACACUUCAUUCUGUGGACCAGUAUCUGAACAUAAAGUUAACUGACAUCACUGUUACUGAUCCUGACAAAUAUCCACACAUGUUGUCUGUCAAGAAUUGCUUCAUUCGUGGUUCUGUUGUUCGGUACGUGCAACUCCCAGCAGAUGAAGUUGAUACACAGUUGCUGCAGGAUGCAGCAAGGAAAGAAGCUGCUGCACAAGCUCGUUAAAAAUAACCUAAUUUGAUAAUAUAAGACAAUAAAUGCUUGUGAAAUAUGUCAUUUAAUAAAAGGACUUAUUUUUUUAAUCUUUGGAAA